UCUUUAAACUUCAAGAGUGGGUUUUGUUGAAAAAAUAAUACACCUUCAUGUACUUCCAAGCCAAGCCACAUUCCAUUAAAAUCAUACCACUAUUUCUCUUAAUUUCUAAUCCCCCUCACCAUAUCUAUAUUAAUACACCUUAUGUCUUCACUUCAUUUAUACAAAUUCAACUUACAAUUACUCCUAUAAUAAUAAUAAUAAUCAUCAUCAUCAUCAUGGAUAUUAAAUUCUUGUUUGUUUCAUUAUUUCUAUUUGGUUUACUCUUACUGCCUCCUCCUCCUGCUGCUGCUGCUGCUAGCUAUAGUACUUCUUCAUCAUCAUCAUCAUCAUAUGAUGAUAUUGACAUUGAACAAGUUAUUGAAGAGUUUGACUUUGAUCUUGAAGGUUACCCUUUGCCAGAAUUUCUACAUCGCGGAAAAGUUCAUGUUAAUGUCGACUCAUUUGGUGCUGUUGGAGACGGUGUUGCUGAUGAUACUCUGGCGUUUAUAAGUGCGUGGAACAAGUCUUGCUCAACUGCAAGAUCGGUUUUAUUGGUUCCUGCUGAACGCAAGUAUUUGGUGAAUGCCACGAAAUUUAAGGGGCCCUGUGCCGAAAGGUUUAUUGUACAGAUUGAUGGAACAAUAGUGGCACCCAAUGAUCCUAAAACAUGGGAUCCAAAGUUACCGAGAACAUGGCUCGAGUUUUCGAAUCUAACCGGGGUACUAUUUCAAGGAAGUGGAGUAAUAGAUGGUUCUGGGAGCAAUUGGUGGGCAGCAUCUUGCAAGAAGAACAAGACUAAUCCUUGCAAAGGAGCUCCAACUGCAUUCACCAUAGAUUCAAGCUCGGCUAUAAGGGUGAAAGGGCUGACAUUAAAAAACAGCCAGCAGAUGCAUUUUGUGGUAUCGCGAUGCGAUUCUGUUCGGUUAUCUGGUAUUGAAGUUUCUUCUCCGGGAGACAGCCCUAACACAGAUGGAAUCCAUAUCACUGCAUCAACCAAUGUCAUCAUGCAGGACUGCAAAAUUGGGACAGGGGAUGAUUGCAUCUCAAUUGUUAAUGGAAGUUCAAAUAUCAAGAUGAAAACAUUGUAUUGUGGACCUGGUCAUGGCAUAAGCAUUGGAAGCCUUGGAAAGGAUAACUCAACAGGCAUAGUAACAAAAGUGGUGUUGGAUACAGCCUUCCUAAGAAAUACAACCAAUGGCCUUCGGAUCAAGACAUGGCAGGGAGGGUCUGGUUACGUCCGCUCCAUUCGCUUUCAGAAUGUCAGGAUGGAGGACGUCUCAAACCCCAUUAUUAUCGAUCAAUUCUACUGCGACUCACCUAAAUCUUGUCAAAACCAGACAUCUGCAGUGGAGAUAAGUCAAAUACUGUAUAGGAAUAUUAGUGGGACAUCGAAGACGGAGAGAGCAAUGAAUUUUGCGUGCAGUGAUACAGUCCCGUGCGAGCAUAUAGUGUUGAAUAAUAUUAACCUGCAGAGCAAAGAUGGAGUUGCGGAGACAUAUUGUAACUCUGUUACAGGGUUUAAUUAUGGAUAUGUGCAGCCUUCGGCCGAAUGCAUAACUUCUUCGGACAAGGCUUACGUGGGAGAUGAAGAUGUGGAGCUUGUACUGAAACCAACCGCUGGGGAGGAUUUCUUGCAUACCGAACUUUGAUGUGUCUUUCGGUCUGCUUAUAGUAACUAGUAAUGACAGUUUACAUAGAGCUAGCUGAUUGAGAAGUUGGCCAUAUAUAUUAUACAGACAAGAAAAAAAAAGUUACUUAUAUAUGAUUUUAUAACAAUUAAAGAUAUCUCCCAUCGAAGCCAAGUAAAUUUAGGAUGAAAGAUGGGAGAUUUAUACUAUGUAAUUUUGUGUGUGUUUUGAGAAGAAUAAAUCAAUUAAUAGUAUGUUUGCUUAUUAAUAACAA